AUGUUAAAAGAAUCUAAAAGUAACACAAGUAAUGAUAAGCCAGUAGGACGUGGCAGUAGUUUGACAACAAAGUUUCCUGGACUUGGUAGCAAGAUGCAGAAAAUUUUUCGUGUGUUCCGCAAAGACAAUCUUAGCCAGUCUACACAAGAUUUGAUGAUGGAAGAAGGUAUGCAAAAUACUUCUCAAUUGAAUAAAAUAAAAACACAAGACAGUGAUGAUAAUGGAGACGAAAUUGUGAAAAUUAUCCAUGAGAAACAAUUUAAUAAACAAAAAAUAGUUAAAGAGAAACGAAAGAUGAUGGUAAGAGCACAAGCUUUAAGUAAUUCUGAUUGGUCUUCUGAAAAUGAUUUCGGAUCAAAAACAAAUUUGGUACUUGAGAAGGGUGAAAUUGAUGAAGGGAUACAAGAAAUUAAAGAUAUAGAUAAUAAUAAAGGGGUAGUGGAGUUAUUUGAAGAGCGAAAUAAAAACUCAUUCAGUUCUGGAAAAAAACAACGAAAAAGAUGGUCUACACCUAUAGAUACUCAUAUUAUUAGUGUUCCCAGGAAAGGAUCGUCUUCGAGUACAUCUGAGAAAGGUAAUUCAUGGUUUAAACCUGUCAAGCCAAUUCCUGCUCCUAGAAAGAAUAAACUCGUUAAUGUUGAUAAUAAUGAUCAAAUUGACGAUCUUGGGUUGGAUAAUCAUGGUUUUGAAUCAGACCAAGAUAGUGUUGAACAAAUUCUAAGAAUUGAAACAGAAUAUGGGUCAGUUAAAACGAUGAAGAUGGAAAUGGGAUCAGUGAGAGGUGAUUCUGAGGAAAUGCGAAGUAAUUUAGAGGAUAUUUCUGAAAUUGAAAGAUUGUCAGUGCAUUCAAACAAAGAUUUAAAUGUUUUAGAUGUUAAAGACAGCGAUAAAAUAGAAAGACAUCCAAAACCUCUGAUGAACAUUGAUUCUAUUGAUAAUGAAGUUCAAGAUAAUGUGAGUUUAGCAAAGAGUUCAUCGAAUAGUACAUCAUCACGACGACAAAAGAAAAAAAAUACAAGAAGAAUUCCUCAAGAGGUUGUAAUGACAGAUGAAUCUACCAGUUCAGUGGCUUGGAAUAAACAAUCAAAAUACAAUACUGCUAGAGUGGAAGAAGAUGAAGCAGUAGCGCGAGAAAUAAUUAGAACCAGAAAAGAAAAAGUAGAAAAGUCAUUGUCCUCAUCAAGUCAUAGUCAGACAACAUCACCAUCAGACAUUUCACAUUCAAAUAAAAUUAAAAGUGCUACUAAAUCACGAAAGGUCAGAAAAAAAACGAAACACCUUCGCAAAAAAAAAUAUAUUUCAAUAACAGUUUUUAAAGCUGAUAUGCUAGAAAUUGAUAUUAUGGCAAGACAUCCUAUGGUAAUUGUUCAUAUUGUAGAAGAGAGUACAGGAAAUUAUUUGCAAAUUCCUAGUGAAUCAAGUUCUAAAAAUGUGUCCUUGCAACCUUUGAUAACUGGAACAUUUGAUUUUCAACAACAUAAAACUAUGGUACCUCAUUGGGAAGAAGAAUUGAUAUUUGAAUAUGACUUUGAAGCAAUUGUGAAUACCAGUGAAAGUAAUAAAAUCCUGAUUUUAUUUGAAAUAGUUGAUCUUCCAAGCUUCGCUGAUGCCAGAAACAAUUACGAUCAUUUAGGUGGUGGAAACUGUUGGUACAAAAUAGCCUGGGCAUUCUUAAAACCAGUAAGUGACAGAGGUGUGUCACACAUCGAUAAAUCAUUAAGACUGCAAUUAUAUAAGCCCAAACGGAACACGAAGAAAUCGAUCAAAGAAAAAUGUGAGCCAUACACCUGGUGGAAAUUAGGGUAUCGAGAUAAGUAUCCAAGUACUUUAUACGUCAUGGUUACGUCAGUGGAUCAACCUCACUUAGAACCAGUUUAUUAUGGGCAAUUAUUACUGAAUGACUUAUCAGAUGAACAAUCUAAAUCCAACAAAGAUUUAAGUCCGUCAUCUUCAGACGCAAAAAAGCAUACACAAUGGAGUCGUUUAUCAUCUCAAUCGUGCAAAAUUCCGAAUGAAGUCUAUUUUAAUACUGAAUCAAGUGAAAACGGAUGUUUUUUCGUGGCUUUCAGUAAUAAUGGAAAGUAUUUAGCUUGUGCGAAUUGUGAAGAAUAUGACUAUCCAAUAACUGUAUAUAGAAUUGAUGAAGAGAAAGUUUUCAUUAAAUUUUCUGGUCAUAAGAGUUUUAUUUACAGUUUAGACUGGUCCAGUAAUGACCACUUUUUACUUUCGGUUUCUUCCGAUCAAACAGCCAGAAUUUGGGAUGUCAAAAAUAAACACUUCCAUGAAAUAAACAUGCUUCCGCAUUCUUCGUAUAUUUAUUGCGGCAAAUUCAACCCAAAAGAUUAUCAAAUCGUCGUAACAGGAUGUUAUGAUCAUAUAGCAAGAAUGUGGACCCAUAACAGUAAUCGUCAAAACUAUGAACUCAUCCAGGAACUUGAGGGACAUAAAGGUUUUAUUAAUUGUAUAUGUUUUUCAAAAGAAGGUGAUUUUCUCACGGGCGAUAGUUUAGGUAUUAUAAUUCAAUGGAAUGAAAAAAAGAGAAAGGGAAGAUCUUCCACAGAAUGGGUCAUUACAAGAAAGAUUAAAUUAAAAGAAACAAACAACGUCGUGAUUAAUACUAUUAUUUUAUAUUCUACAAGUUCACAAUUAAUUCUUCAUACUCGAGAUAAUCAAUUGAGGAUGAUCGAUUUGACAACAGGAACUGUCGUUCAAAGAUAUAAUGGAUUGAAAAAUUCAAGGAUUCAAAUAACAGCAAGAAUAUCUCCAUGCGGCAAACUACUUCUCUGCGGGGGUGAAGAUGCAAUCUUGAAUGUGUGGAAUAUUGAAACUGGAAAGUGUAUUGCAAUGUAUCAACAGAAUGAAUCAGACGUAGCUAUUACUUGUGUUGAUUAUCAUCCUCAUGAGCAUGUGCUAGCGUUUUGCAUUUUUGGAUGCACAUCAGAAGUGAAAAUAUUACGAUUUAAUCGACUAUUGUCUGGAGAAUCAGUGGGAUUAAAAAUGCUUGAUCCAACUGGAAGUAAAAGAAUCCCAAGUGGUAUACAAUCUUAUGAUUCGAGUUCACCAUCCAAUUCAAUUUUGACAAGAAGAGAAUCUGAUGAUUCUGAUUUAUUAAAAAAUAAAGAAAAUAAAAACCUGGAUGAGAAUCUCAAUGAUAGUCGUGAAGAUUUACGAUUACGAUUGAAAAUGUAUCAUGAGCAUGAACAAGAAUUAAAAUCUAAAAGUACAAACAAGUUAUCUGGUAUCAUUGCUAAAAUUGACAGAAUGUUAUCACACAGUCCCUCUAUACCUCGAUCAUCAUAUGACAUCGAAGUAAACAAACUUGAAGAUACUUUAGAUUCAGUGCAAUCACCAAAACUGAAAAGUUUAAAAAAAUCUAAAAAUAUUUCUUCACUAUCAUCAACCUUUAAAGAUAAACUAACACCAUCUUUAGAAACAGAAACAAUAGAAAUGGAAAACUUAAGUAAAAGACAUUCCAAAAUGCGAAAAAGGUCGAAAUCUAGACAUAAAAGGAAUUCUUUCUCAUCGAAAAAUCAAACUGAUAAUUUAAAGAAUGUUUUACCAGAUAAUACUAAAAGAGAUUAUCACAGAAAAUCACGGAAGCGAACAACUAAGAGUUCUUGUCGAGCACGUGAUCAAAUGAAAGAGAUUCAAGAAAGAGAGAACAGAAUGCAUGAAAGUAGUGAAGGGAGUGGUGGAACGUACACAGUUGAUAUUGAUAAGACUCCUAAAAGUGAUAGAAGUGAUGAUGCCAGGGGUGAAAGUGGUAGUUCUGUUAGAAGUAAUGUUACUUUCAUUAUCGAAAAAGAAAAACCAGUAGCGAAACCGAGAAAGAAAAGUACUAAAACUUCUGAUAACAGUAUCAAUCAUAAAUCAAGCCUCCAUGAUCUAGUAUAA